AUGGGUAAGGUCAAGGGAAAGCAUCGUUUGGAUAAGUACUAUCGUCUCGCCAAGGAGCGUGGGUUCCGUUCUCGAGCUUCUUACAAGCUUAUCCAGCUUGACGCCAAGCACUCUUUCCUCCACAAAUCGAAAGCCGUUCUCGAUCUAUGCGCCGCCCCCGGUGGUUGGAUGCAGGUCGCCGUCGAGAAAGUCCCCGUCGGCAGCCUCGUUCUCGGAAUCGAUCUCGUUCCGAUCGCCGCCGUGCGUGGCUGCGUCGCUAUCCAGCAGGACAUCACUCGGCCCGAGUGCAGGUCCAAAAUCAAGCAAGUGAUGGAGAAGCAUAAUGUUGCAGCUUUCGAUCUGGUUCUGCACGACGGGUCUCCAAAUGUCGGUGGUGCUUGGGCACAGGAAGCUAUGAGCCAGAACGCUUUGGUUAUUGAUUCCGUGAAGCUGGCUACAGAGUUCUUAGCUCCUAAAGGGAAUUUCAUCACCAAGGUUUUCAGGUCUCGUGACUACAACUCUGUGCUCUUCUGUCUUGGGAAGCUUUUCGAGAAGGUUGAAGUGUUUAAGCCGCCGGCGAGUCGUUCGGCGUCUGCAGAAACCUAUCUUUUGGGUUUGAAAUACAAAGCUCCUAGCAAGAUUGAUCCCCGUCUUCUUGACUACAAUCAUCUAUUUAAGGAGGCACCAGAGCCCACGAAAAAGGUUGUGGAUGUUCUGGGUACAUCAAAACAGAAGAGAAACCGUGAUGGGUAUGAAGACGGAGAGUCUAUUUUGAGAAAAGUCGCAUCUGCUUCUGAUUUCAUCUGGUCUGAAAACCCUCUUGAGAUUCUUGGCACAGUUACUUCUAUAUCCUUUGAUGGUGAAGCCUCUCUACCUUUAAAGGAGCAUGAGUUGACUACAGAGGAGAUUAAAAUUCUGUGCGACGAUCUUCCUGUUUUGGGGAAGAAUGACUUCAAGCAUAUCUUAAAAUGGCGAAUGCAAAUUAGGAAAGCUCUGACUCCUGAGAAAAAAGAAGUGGCUAAAAAGGAGCCCGAAGUAGAGAAGGAAGAUGAGGAAAAUGAGGAUGAUAGACUACUCAAUGAAUUGGAAGAGCUGACAAACGCAGCUGACCGCAAGAAGAAACAGGCAAAGAAGCUUCUUGCAAAGCGACGGGCUAAGGACAAGACUCGGAAGGCCACUAAUCCACAGAUAGAUGUACUUGAAGAUGGUUAUGUAGACCAUGAUUUGUUCUCUCUUUCUGCUAUCAAGGGAAAGAAAGAUCUAAUGGCAGUUGAUGAAGAUGAUAAUGGCAACGCCGAUGAGAGUGAGAACGAAGACCGUGGUGAUGAAGCUUCAGAUGACUCGAAAGACAGUGACUUGGAUUCUGAUGAAGAACGUCAGAGAUACACUGAACAAAUGGAAGUGAUGUUUGAUGAGGCAUAUGACCGGUAUAUGGUGAAGAAAGAAGGAAGCGCAAAGCAAAGGAAGCGGGCUAGGCAGGCACACGCUGAGAAGCUGGAGGAGGGUGACGGAGAUGAAGAAAUGAAAGUCGAUUACGAUUCAGAUCUGAACGUAGAGAUGGAUGAGGCAAACCCUCUUGUGGUACCACUUGAUGACGGAGAGACCCAAACAAAGGAGGAAAUAGCCAACCAGUGGUUCAGCCAGGAUUUAUUUGCAGAAGCCGUGGAAGAAGGAGACUUGGGAAAAGAUGACAGUGAAGACGACAUUCCAACUAUGAAGCAGAGAAAAAGUCUGGCAAAACUCGAGAAGUCUAAGCAGAAGGCGUCAAAGGCAAGCGUGCUGCCUGAUCAGAGCUUGCCCAAUAGCUCUAAGAAGGAAGACGAUUUCGAGGUAGUCCCUGCACCAGCGACGGAUUCAGACUCGGAUUCAUCCUCUGAUGAUGACGUUCAUACAAAGGCGGAGAUAUUGGCAUGCGCGAAGAAAAUGCUAAGGAAGAAGCAGAGAGAAGAGAUGCUUGACGAUGCUUACAACAAAAACAUGUUUCAUGACGAAGGUUUACCCAAAUGGUUUGUGGACGACGAGAAGCAGCACAGACAGCCGAUGAAACCCGUCACGAAAGAAGAGAUCAAUGCAAUGAAAGCUCAGUUCAAAGAAAUCAACGCUCGUCCAGCCAAGAAGGUGGCAGAGGCCAAGGCAAGGAAGAAGCGAGCGGCGGCUAAAAGAUUGGAGAAAGUGAGGAAGAAGGCAAACACAAUAUCUGACACAACGGAUAUAUCAGACCGUUCGAAGGACAAGAUGAUAGACAAGCUAUACAAGAAAGCGGCAGAGCCAAGGAAGCCAAAGAAAGAGCUGGUUGUGUCGAAGAAAGGAGUUGGGGUUAAGGUUGGGAAAGGUCAGAAGAGAGUGGAUAGGAGGAUGAAGAGUGAUGCUAGGCAACGCGGAGGAGGCAAGCCCGGUAGGAAAGGGAAGAAGAGCGCCGGUGGUAAACCAGGACAGAAAGGUAAUAAACCAAGGGGUAAGAGACCCAUGGGCGGCGGUUAA